GUCGGGGAUUUUCUGGACUGGUCGUUGAGGGACAUGCCCGUCGGGGAUUUUUACCAUUGACGUUUCUUUGUUUACAUUUGUUCACGAAGGGCAGUGAUAACAUUGAGAAGAGUUGAAGGCAUUGCCUUGCAGCGCUGUAUACCCGUAUCUCGAUUUAUUCCGCCCUGACCCCGGGACGCCCUACAAUGACACUGAUAGGAUUCACACCGCUUCGCGCCCGCCGACCACCGAUAUCGCUUCGCUCGUCUGGUUUCUGCGGUCCGGGCUCAACACGCAUCCUCCACUCCAAAGUCCCGCAUCCUCCUCCAUCCUUUCAGUCUCUCUGGACGCGCCUCCGCUUCCUAGCUCAAAGCUAUACCCGCCGACCGCGCAAAGCCUUCACGUGGGGGAGUUCGCGGCCAUAUGCGGGACUAGCACCUGGAUUUUUUGCAUACAACCAGUGUGCUCAUGCUGCUGUCGAAGGGUCAACGUCUUUCGCGGGGGGUGUAGGAGGCGGUCCUACCACACCGGAUCGAACAACUGGGAGAUUAGUCCGAUUUUUCUUGGAGAAUUGUCGAAUGGACUUUACAAAACUCGCACAGAAAAGAGGUGACAGCGUCGAUCGCAUUAGCUUUCAUUUAUUUGGAAACGGGAUGAGGAAUGAUGUGAGAUUGGUCCCUCUCCGACGAUGGACAAAGCACAAUAAGCGAUUCUAUUCUUCUUCCUCCAAUUCAGAGUCUAAUUCUGCUACACAAUCAUGGCGAGUCGCCCGAGCGGAAUUGUUGGACAAUGUGGGAGGGUUUUGGCCUCGACUGCGGUUACGGGUUCGACUCUUUCUCAUGGGUUCCAUGCGCCCGUGGAGGGCUGAUGAUGUAUUUGCUAUGUUUUCAUGGAUAUUUAUGGGACAUACGCUGUUUCUGCUGGUGGGCACAACUACGUUUCUGUCGAUGCUGAUUGGGGUCGCGAAUAGUCUUCAAUUUCAAGCCUACCUGGCAAAAGCCAUAAGUGACUAUAUCACCCAGGAAACUGGGAUGAAAGUUUCUUUUGAAUCGGCCAUCGUCCCACGAUGGAAGGAAGGCGUCAUCCGCCUCGAAAAUGUUUCAGUGGUGUGCGACGACAAAACUUGGAUGGAACUUAAAAAUGCAGAGCGGGCAAAACAGGGACUUGCCCCGUACGCUCCUGAUGAGCUGGAUACCAAUUGGACGUAUUGGGAUUUGACUUUGAGGCAUAUAGAUGUUACAUUGUCGCUUUGGAGGUGGUUGGAUGGGAAGGGCUUGAUCAAGGAGUGUACGCUCAAGGGCGUCAGAGGUGUAGUAGAUCGUCGGCAUAUCACCUGGUCAGACGACUGGGUCCCAAAGCGCCGGGAUCCGCAACCAGGAGAUUUCGAAAUUACCAAGUUCGUCGUGGAAGACUUACUCAUCACCAUACGCAACCCAAACUUCCGACCCUACAGCGUCUCAAUUUUUAAUGCCGAACUUCCCCAACUCCGGAAACACUGGCUACUUUACGAUAUUAUGCGUGCCGACAUUAUGAAUGGCAUGUUUGACAAUUGUCUCUUUUCAGUGCACAAGCCUCAGGGCCCGAAUCUGGUAUUGGACGAUACUGGCAAAAUCAAGGGCGGAAAAUGGGCCAAAAUGAGUCAUUUGAAACUUAACGGCUUACCCAUCGAUCACCUCAACGCAGGCAUCGAAGGCCCGUUUGGAUGGAUUACCAAAGGAUUUUUGGACAUUGAUCUCCAGCUCCUUUUCCCCCAAACUGACACCGACAACCUACUCGACAUUCUCCGAGACGAAUUAGAGGAAAUCACUGACACGGCACUAGACAAACUCGAAGCCGUCAUAUCCACCCAUCCCGAAACGAAAAACAGGCACGCAUCCAGUAUUGUAAGACAUUAUCGUGCAAAACAUGCCGCAGCAGCCAUCCCACCACCCGACCACAAGGAAGUCGAACUAAGUGAACCAAGAUUGGAGCCAGAUUUCUCGUCAGCCCCCUUUUCAGCUCCUUCUCCUUCUUCUUCUUCUUCAUCAUCUUCUUCAUCUUUUCGACAUGUUUCUCAUGCUAAACCACCUGCCAUGGUCAUGCGCUGGAACGUGCGUUUAAACGACAUUAAAGCCUCUGUCCCGCUCGUUUCUCCGCAUAUAUCGUAUUUGAACAGUGCGCUUAUCCGGCCGAUUGUAGCGUACCUUAAUGCAGUCAAGACUAGCAUUUCGAUUUCGUUUAAUGCAAAGAUGGAUGUGAGUAAUUUCGAAGGUGCUUGGACAAUUUACCAAUCCUCCCUCGUCACUAUCCUCGAUGAAGAAGUCGGACGGGCGUUAACGACCAUGGUAUCAGCCCAACGAGCCAGACAUAUUAAACGGAUCGGUAUGUGGAGUUUGGCGAGUGUUACCAAACAUUUGGCGGUGUUGAUGGAGUAUGCUAGAGGGGCUAGAGGGUAUUAUGGUGUUCCGGGACAGGUUUGGGGUGUUGGGUAGAUGGGGGCUGAAUUCUUUUUUUUUUUCUGUUGGAGUCUUUUUCUUUUUUUGUUCUUGGUUUUGUAGAUAUCUCUUUUUGCUUUGCUUUUUGUUUGCUUUUUUCUAGGGUUUGUUUUUCUUUUGGAUACCAGAGGGUGGAUAGUUUCAAACGCGGAUGUCCCUCACACACUGUCGUGUUCUUUGCUUUUAGAUUUAAGAUAGUUGGCCACCAGUUGGAUAAAACGCUGGUGAUUAUGGAACGAGUAGUAAGAGACUUGAUGUGUAGCAGUAGCGUAUAUCAUCUCUUUUUUUCGUGAACAUUGCCUUUACACUUUUUCUUCAACCAACUGGUUUUUGGUCAGUCAGUCUUUCCGAGUGGUACUAAAG